AUGAACUAUAUUCUAUACCUGGCAUUGGCUGCCAUCUACAUCAUUUACAGAGUAAUUGAUCAUGUGCAGGUAACGAGAAAGGCACAAAAGUACGGAUGCAAACCAGUUGCACAGGUCCCUAAGAGAACUUUAUUAAGUUGGCUAGGUUUACAACUCAUUUUGAAUCUCAAACGUAAUCAUGAACGCGGACGGGCUCAUGAGGCUUUAGAUGAGGCUUUCGAUAGGUUAAAGACAACGACAUUUGCAACCUAUGUUGGAAUAGAACCCAAUGUAUUCACCGUUGAACCGGAAAAUUUUCGUCACAUGGUCUCAUCAUCUCACACAUCUGAAUUCAAUUUGGGUGUCCGAUUAGAUGUGUUUUCAAUACUUUUGGGUGAUGGAAUAUUUUCAAGUGAGGGCACCAGCUGGAAACAUUCACGAAUCAUGCUUAGACCUUUUUUUGCUAGAGAAAAUAUCAAACAAAUUCAGUCAAUGGAACCGUUCACUCAGAGCAUCAUUAAGGCAAUCAAACAAGCUCCUGGAAUGACAAUUGAUAUGCAAGAAAUUUUUCAGGAUUUCACCAUGGAUUAUACAACUCAUUUCUUACUUGGUGAAAGUUGUGGUUGUUUGAAGACAUAUCUCGGAGAGCCAACGAGUGACUCCAUAUCAACCGAAGUUAAAUCAAGUUUUGCUGAAACGUUUGACAAGGGAGCUGAAUAUAUGUUGCAAAAAUUGGUAAUGGGCAGAUACCAUUUCCUCUAUCGACCAAAGCAAUUGUACGUCGAUGUUAAGAAUCAGCAUGCCUUUGUUGACUACUAUGUGCAGAAAGCAUUAAGAAUGAACCAACAAGAUUUGAAAGAUUCCUCCAAUGAUGGUACACUUUUCUUGUAUGAUUUGGCUCAGCAGACCAAAGAUCCAAAGGUUCUUCGUGAUGAAAUAUUGAGUAUUAUUGUUGCUGGGAGAAGUACAACUAGUGCACUAAUGACUUUUCUUUUCCUUGAGUUGGGUCGUCAUCAGGAUGUAUUUGAAAGAUUAAAGGGGAUAGUAAGAGCUCAUUUUCCUGAUAUUGAAUCGAUCACUUUUGAAUCAAUUCAACAAUGUGAAUACUUGCGUUGGUGUUUGAACGAAACUUUAAGGCAUGACCCACCGGUUCCAUUUAAUUCAAGAACAGUUACUCAAGACACAAUCUUGCCGAAAGGUGGUGGUCAAGAUAACGAAUCCCCAAUAUUUGUUAGAAAAGGAACUAAAAUUGUCUACCCAUUAUGGACAGCACAUCGAAUGGAGAAAUACUUUGGGAAAGAUCCUUAUACUUUCAACCCCGACAGAUGGAGCAGCUUGCCUGCUAAUGGAGGGUUUGCUUUCAUGCCAUUUGGAGCGGGACCUCGUAAUUGUUUGGGACAACAAUUGGCAUUACUUGAGACUAGUUAUGUUACAAUUAGGUUGUUGCAAACUUUCAAUUCAUUGAAGGCGGACUCUGGAGAAGUUAGAAAAAAAUCUACGGCAACAAUGGUUUUGAUGGAUGGUUGUAAGUUGACUUUUGGGUAG